AUGCGAUUAAUUUUAGAAUCAAUAACUAUGAAAAAUUUUAAAAGCUACAAAGGUAAGCAUCACAUUCCAAAUAUUGACAAAUUUUUUACAGCAAUAGUAGGACCAAAUGGCAGUGGUAAAAGCAACAUAAUUGAUAGCAUACUUUUUGUACUGGGAUUUAGAGCCAAAAAAAUGAGACAUACCUCGCUAACAGAUUUAAUCUACAAUGAUGGUAAAAAAGAAGAAAUGUGUUAUGUCGAACUAGCCUUUAAUAAAUUUAAAAUAAGAAGAGAAGUUUAUGCAAAUAAAAGUACAAAAUAUUUCUACAACGAUAAAGAAAUCACAAAUAAUGAUUUAACUAAAUUAAUGAUGGAAGAAAAUGUUGAUAUGGAACAUAAUAGAUUUCUUAUUUUACAAGGAGAAAUAGAAAGUAUUGCUAUGCUUAAACCCAAAGAAGGACUACUUGAAUUUCUAGAGGAUAUUAUUGGAACAACCAAAUAUAAAUUGGAAAUUGAUGCAUUGACUAAUGAGGCAAAAACUAUGGAGGAAGAAAAUAUUACAAUACAAAAUAAUAUGAAGUUUAUUAAAACAGAAUACGAUCACAUAAAUGAAUUAAAAAAACAAAAUGAAGAUAAUCUUCUUAAUAGAAUUAAAUAUAAUGAAUAUUUAAAAGAGUUAAAAAAUUUAAAUAUUGAAUUUAUAAAAAGAUCCCUGCAUAAAAAAGAAGAAGCAAAAAAAGAUGUAAUAACCAAAAUUGAUGAAAUAAAAAAUCUAAACUUAGAAAAUAAGGAACUGCUAAAAUCAUUGGAGACUGAACAAAAUUCAAUAAGGAAAUUACUCAAUGACAAAGAGGAAAUGUAUUUGGAAAUUAAAAAAAGGUAUAAAAGUUUAGAAAGAGCAAAUUUGGUAUCAAAAGAGCUUAAAAAUAAAUUAGAAAAAGAAAUUAAAAAUCUUAGAAAUGACUACAAUAAUUUAAAAGCAAAGGUAGAAAUGAAAAAUAAAGAAAAUAAUAUUUUAUCAAAAGAGCUUAAAGAAAAUAUAUUAGAAUUGAAAGGGUUGACUGAUAAACAAAAUGACUUAAAAAAUAAACUUUUAAAAGAAGAAAAGAUUGUAAAUGAAAAAUGUAAAAAUGAUCUAGAAAAAAUGAAGAAAACUCAAGAAUUAUUAUCAGAUUUGAUUUAUAAGAAAUCUGAACAAAAUCAACGGAAUGUUAAAUUUAAUCUAGAAGUUAAUUCUUUGAAAGAUAGGAUGCAAGAACUACGAAAAGAAAUUGAUGAAUUAAAAGCUAAACUUAAAAACUGUGAAAAUGUUAAACAUUUAGAUAAAUUACAACUGGAAAAAGAUCUAAAAGAAAUUGAAAGUGAUAUUCAAAAGACGCAGUAUGAGUUGCAAAAACGUAAAACUAGAUAUAGCGAGGUUUAUAAAAGGGAAGAAACUAUUAAAAAAGAAAAAGAAAUUCUAAAAUAUUUUAAGGAUGUAAGUGGGGUUAUAGGAAGAUUGAGUGAUAUUGGUAAAGUAGAUCCAAAAUAUGAAUUGGCCCUGAAAACUUCUUGUACAAGAUUAAAUAAUAUAGUUGUUGAUACAACACAGACAGCAGAAAUGUGUAUUGACAUUAUUAAAAAUAAUAAUUUGCAAAGAUCAACAUUUAUAAUUUUAGAUAGAAUCCAAGAGAUUAAUAAAUUAGAAGAAUUAAGUCUUCCGUACAUGUUUGAUUUGGUAGAAUGUGAACCAAAGUAUAAAAAAUGUUUUUAUUUUAGUUUAACUGAUACGCUUUUAGCAGAAGAUUUAGAAAAAGCUUCAGAAUAUGCUUUUGGUAAAACAAGAAAAAGAGUAGUUACUUUAGAUGGUAAAUUAAUUGAAAAGAGUGGUAUUAUGACAGGAGGGAAAUAUCACGAAAAGGUUAAGAGAUAUGAAGAUAUUGAAAAGGCAUUAGAAAAAAUGACAAAAUUAAGAGAUUUAAAAAUAAAUGAUCUACAAAAAAUAUGUGAAUAUGAAAAUCAAGUAAAUAUAAAAAGUUUAUUAAAGGAAAAAGAAAUUGCGUACAAAAAGAUUCAAAAUAAACUAAAAGAAAUACAAUCUAAAAUUUUUGAAGAGGGAUAUGAGUCAGAUAUCAACUCACUUAAAAAUGAAAUUUCUAAAUAUAAGUCUAAAAUAGAAAAAUUUUAUGAUUCUACGUUGCGUGGCGAAUUGCAAAUAGUUAAUGAGAAAAUAGAGAUUUUAGAGGAAAGAAAUCAUCAAAUUAAUAUUUUAUUGGCUGAAAAGAUGGUAUCUUAUGAAAACAUAGAAAGUGAUUUAAAUAUUAAAAAUGAGAAACUUUGUGAAAUUAAAAUCAUAGACUUGUCUUCCUUAAAGUCACAUCUUGACAAUGAAGAAAAGUGUUACAAUGAAGUUUUAAAAAAUUUUAAUGAGAUUAAAGAAAAUUUGUCAACUUUAAAAAAGAAGAUGGGAGCAGAAUAUCAUUUGGAAAUAGAUUUAAACAAUCAGCUUGAUGAUUUAAAUGAAAGCAUUAUUGAUUUAGUUAAGAAUUUAGAGGAUGAAGAAACUCAUCUAAAAAAUAUUUUCGAAGACAUUUUUAAUGAUAAUAAAGUUAUAAAUUCGUCUUAUGAGUGUGAUAAUACGAAAACAGAUCUGAGUUCGCUAACUGAUUUGGAUAUUACUGACUUUCAAAAGAAAAUUCAGAAGAAAUUAAAAAAAAUGGAUGAACAAAAUGGAAGACCAGAUAUCAAUUUGAAGAUUUUUGAAGAAUACAAAAAGAUAAAAAUAUCUUAUGAAAAAGUUAAUGAACAAUAUGAAUUACAAAUGUCUAAAUAUGAGGAUAAAAAAAAUCAGAUAGAUCAUUAUUGUAAAUCAAGACACGAUGAAUUUAUUAGUGGAUUAUCAAAAGUUAAUUUAUAUUUAAAAGAAAUAUAUAAAAAAUUGACAUAUGGAGGGAAUGCGGAACUAGAACUCGUUGAUUAUUUGGAUCCAUUUUCUGAUGGAAUUCGAUUAGCAGUUAUGCCACCAAAGAAAUGUUGGAAGAAUGUUAGUAAUCUUAGUGGUGGAGAAAAAACAUUAAGUAGCUUAUCACUUAUUUUUGCCUUACAUAAAUUUAAACCUUCUCCUUUUUAUGUUAUGGAUGAAAUUGAUGCAGCAUUAGAUUUUAGAAAUGUUAGUAUAAUUUCGCAGUACAUUAAAGAGAUGGCUAAGACUAGUCAAUUUAUUGUAAUAAGUUUAAGAAACGAUAUGUUUGAAAUAAGUAAAUCUAUUUUGGGAGUUUAUAAAACAAAUAAUAUGUCAAAGUUUUUAAUGAUCAAUGUUGAUGAGAUAAAGAAAAAAAUAGCUAAUAAAUAA